AUGGCGACGUCGUUGCGGGCACCAGAACUGUUUAAUUUCUCGUCGAGUGAUCUGGCCUCUGAGUGGAAAAUGUGGCGCCGACAGUUUGAGUACUUUAUUUUAGCCACACGUAAGGAUGAGACGGAUGAAGAGGUGAUAGUGGGAGUGCUGAUCACACUACUCGGGGUUGAAUGCCUCAAAAUAUUCGAUACGUUUGUGUUUACAUCAGCUUGUGAUGCUAAGAAAAUUAAGCCGGUACUGGACAAGUUUGGUGAUCACUUUGAACCGCUGAAAAGCGAAGUCUUCGAACGGUUCAAAUUCCUCCGUCGACACCAACUUCCAGGGGAGUCGUUUGACUCUUGGAUCGUUUGUCUCCGUGGAAUGGCGAAGGGCUGUAAUUAUGGUGCGUCGGUGGAGUCGGUGCUGCGUGAUCAAGUAGUACUGGGAGUGGCUGACUCACAAACACGAGAAAAACUUCUGUUUGAGAAAACGCUGACCUUGGCCAAGGCGUGUGACAUAGUGAGGUCGUGUGAGGCCUCACGCGCUCAGCUGUCGCAGAUGUCUACUGACUUACCAACUCGUCGGCUGGAUGAUUCCGUAAACAGGCUAACGGAAAAGAGCCACAAAAAAGGAUCGGGUGGUGCUGGACCACACCACAGAGGUCCAAGCACACAAGGUGGUAACGGACAGUCGUUCGUUGAAUGCUCAGGUUGUGGACGCCGACACGUAGCUGGCCGUUGUUCUGCUGCUCAUAUUACGUGCUUUGCCUGCGGAAAAAAUGGGCAUUAUGCGAAGAGGUGUCCAAAUCCUCAGUCACGAUCGGAGUCCCGUUUACCAGCCAACGCACUUUCAACCGGUUUCAAGGAUCAACCAGCACGCCGUGGCACACACAUGCAACUCAACUCUGUGGAAAGUGAGGUUGGUGACGGGGUAGGUGCACGCUCAUUGGAGGAUUAUGUGACCCAUGAGCUACGUCAUGAGCAGUAUUCGGCACCUGGAGACAGCGAGUGGAGUGAAAAUCUUACGGUGGAUGACGUGAAAGUUACGGUGAAGCUGGAUUCAGGAGCCUCAUGCAAUGUAAUGCCACAGGAGGUUUUUCGUCGACUGCCGGCGCAACGACGCCGUCUCCGGCCUGGACCUCGCUUGCGGCGCUAUGGGGCGAAGAAUGGGUACUUGACUGUUCUGGGCGUUCAUACUGCGAAGGUGGUUAUCAACGGUGCCGUUCACGUGGUUGACUUUGUUGUGGUUGACGAACCCGGUCAACCCACUAUUUUGGGGCUUCCAUCUUGUAAAAAGCUGGAUUUGAUUAGGCGGGUUCAUGCCGUCACUGCAGAGCCGGAUCCAUCGGUGCCACCAAUCGUAAAAGAGUUCGUGGACGUCUUUACUGGACUGGGUAAAUUGCCGGUGGAACACACCAUUAAGUUGGGUACAGGUACUAACUAUGUCGAUCCUGUAGUAUCUGCGGCAGGCAGACUUCCGUUUCGGCUGGAGGAGCCGGUAUAUCGCAAGCUGGAUCAGAUGGUGGCUGAAGAGAUCCUUGUUCCGGUUACAGAGCCAACUGAAUGGGUCAGCCGAAUGCUGGUGGCCAGCAAACCAGAUGGGGAUAUUCGGAUCUGCCUCGAUCCAUCCGAACUCAAUAAGGCAAUACAGCGGCAGCAUUUUACAGUACCCACCGUGGAACAACUGUUUGCCAAGAUUGGUAAGGCUAAGUUCUUCUGCAGUUUGGAUGCGGCGUCAGGGUUUUACCAAAUCCCUUUGUCAACAGCGUCGUCGUUCCUUUGUACUAUGGCGACACCUCGCGGUCGAUAUCGCUUCUUACGCCUGCCGUUUGGGUUAAAGUCAGCCCCGGAGGUCUACUUACAAACCAUGGAUGAGCUGUUUGGUGAUCUUCAGGGAGUGAUUAUAUACUUUGAUGAUUUCCUAGUGACGGGAGAAACCAAGAAGGAGCUGGACGACAAUCUGCGCAAAGUUCUGGAACGGUGUAGACAGCAUGGCCUGAAACUACAAUUGAAGAAGUGCCGAUUCUUCAUGAAGGAGUUGCCGUGGCUUGGUCAUAUCAUCGGAGAAGGUGUUGUUAAAGUGGAUCCCGCUAAAGUGGAGGCGAUAGUUAAUAUGCCUGAGCCCACUGGAAAAGCUGAUCUCGUUCGACUACUGGGAAUGGUGACCUACCUGGAUAAAUUCUGUAAAAAUUUGGCUGCUAUCACUCGGCCCCUUCGUGAUUUGCUAAAGGAAUCGUCGGCGUGGGUGUGGGAGGAGCCACAGAGAGAGGCCAUGACCAAGUUAAAAGACGCAAUGGCGUCACUGCCGACGCUACGCCGCUUUGAUUUGCAGCUACCGGUGGUUCUGUCGGUCGACGCAUCACCUACUGGCAUAGGAGCUGUUUUGCUUCAAGAUGGCCAGCCGGUGGCCUACUCGUCAACGUCUUUAACUCCUACCCAACGCCGAUACUGCCAAAUCGAAAAAGAGUUGUUGGCCGUACAGUUUGGAUUGAUGCGUUUCAAACAGUACGUGUAUGGCCAGCAGGCUACUGUGGAGUCUGACCAUAAACCCCUGGUGGGGCUCAUCGACAAGCCCGUUGCUGAAUGUACACCCCGUAUCCAGCGGAUGCGGAUGCAGCUGCAAAGGUUUGAUUUUCGUGUCGUCUACAAACCUGGAAGAGAGCUCUUUAUAGCCGACACGUUGAGCAGGGCCCAUUUGCCAGCACAAUUUGAGGAUGAUGAGACGCAACGCUGCCAGGAACAAGUCCACGCUUUGCUGGAUCAAAUUAUCCCUUUGCGUGAUACCCGGUCCAAGUAUGCGCAAGCGACGGACGCGGAUCCGUCAUUAGUCCUAGUUAAGGAGUUGAUGGUGUCCGGUUGGCCGGAAAAGAAAAAGCAUUGCCCAUUGCCGGCCAAACCAUAUUGGAAUGUGCGCCAUCAUCUGAGUGAAGCGGACGGCUUAGUGUUGUAUGGAGAACGGUUGGUGGUUCCGGUGUCGCUUCGACGGGAGGCUAUGGACGGAAUUCAUUAUGGCCACUUUGGCGAAGUCAAGUGCAUUCGUCGUGCAAAAUCAUCGGUAUACUGGCCGGGGUGUGAUGACCAGAUACGGAACGUCGUCGCCAGCUGUGGCACUUGCCAAGAAAAUCGGCACAAAAAUCCAGCGUUGCCGAUAUUGCCGUCGCGAAUACCGGUCCAUCCAUUUCAGUUAGUAUCGGCAGAUCUGUUUCAGUUUGCCGGUGUACAUUAUUUGUUGUUGGUGGAUGGCUAUAGCAAGUGGCCUUGUGUGGCCAAACUUCGAUCCUUGACUUCAGCGGCCACUAUUGAGGCCAUGGAUUGCUUCUUUGCUGAUUUCGGAGCCCCGGAAGAACUCAUGUCGGAUAAUGGUACCCAGUUCGCAAGCAUCGAGUUUAACCGUUUCUGUGAGUCACGUGGAGUUCGUCAUGUCACGUCUAGCCCGGAAUUUCCACAGUCGAAUGGAUUGGCGGAACGUCAUAUCCAAACGGUGAAGGCCUUGAUGCUGAAAAUGUUCCAAGAUGGAUGUACAUUGUGGGAGGUCUUGGCGGCGGUUCGGUCGACACCUGUGUCGGACCAGUUGCCAUCGCCGUCGGUUCUGUUACAGGGGCGUCAUCUCCGUGGAUUGUUACCAUUUUUACCCGGUGCGUUGGUGCCCCGCAUUGUUCCAGCGUCGUUCGUUCAUCAGCAGCUGCGCAAGAGGCAAGGAGAGGCGGUCUUUCACAAUGUUCGCCGGUCUGAUGUGAGAUCGUCAUUCCUUUUCGUCGGUCAACGGGUGCGUGCGCUCAUCGGAUCGCGUUGGCUGCUAGGUUCUGUUGUUGAAAUCUGUUCAGAGCCUCACUCAUACUUGAUCCGACUGGUGGAUGGAAGAGUUUUUCGUCGCACGCGGUGGGCCAUCAACAUCGUCAAUGGAUCUUCCCAUACUGCCCCGGUGCCGAGUCGUCCAGAGUCGUCCCAGUGUCCCAGUUUUGGGUCACUAUCUAUGGCUGGUGCUCGGCAGCCGGAAUGCUUUGUUUCGGGACCGGUCGCUCAACCACCCUCGUCGCCAAGGUCGGCCCCUGUUGCACAACCGGUGGGUACGUCACGCCAGCCGAGUAGGGAAUCGCGAACUGCGGUGGAGGGUCCAGCAGCUUCUGAAACUGGUUCGGUGAUCGGGCAAGCCGUCAGCCAGGCGGCCGCUCCAGUUGAUGGUGGGAGUCCAGUGAGCAGUCCGGCGCGUAGCUUCCGGCCGAUGGUCAUGUGCACCAGAUCGGGCCGUCAGUAUUCUCGUCCGGUUUCUGAUGUGGCGGAUGGGCGGAGCUAA